AGUGUAGAGAAGAGCCAAAAUCAUACUACCAGAUACUACCAGUGUAUUAGCAGAUAUGUGCAGUGCAGUGUAGGUGUCAUUCCAAAUGUUUGACUGAGUGUGCCCUAGUUUGCGCUGACUCUCAUGCCGAAUUUGACAUAACACAGGCUCAACAUUCAACCUUGGCAGGUAGCCUUAGGCAGGUAGUCGGCAACGCUUUCAAAACUUGCAAGCGCUGGUAGGCUGAGAUGCACUUCCCUCGUUGCCUUUGCUUCUGGUUGCUUUGCAAUUCCUGGUGUGGAUUGGCAGUUUUGAAUGAAGACAGGCAGCUCAGUGAAAGAGGACGUGACGGGGACAAUGCGACCUCAGUCAACGUUUCAAGUGCAGAGACUGGCCAAAAGGAUGAUAAGAAACACGACAUGGAAAUUGAGACGCAGCUGAACAACUUCAUGCAGCCACACUCGUUGCAACCUUUCUACUUCAUUCCAAUCAGUAGCUGCGUCAUCGUCGUGUUGCAGUUCUCCAUCUUCGGUUUCUCUAUAAAGUUCAAACCCGCUGAAGCGGAGUGUUGCAUCUACAAGAAGUGUGUCAACCGCCUGAAGUCCCUUGCAAAGGAAUUAGGCACGAUAGCUUUCAUCUUACUGGCUUUAGUCACUUGGAGACAUGAUGUUCUCAAGUGGAAAGCGAUGCCUGCUGAAGACCAACUGGAGACAUUCUGCUACUUCUUGGUGGUCUUGGUGACCUCCCCCAACACCAAAGCAGCACUGGCACAUUUUGCGAUCUUGCGCGUCCAGUCACCUACAGCUGUAUUUGGGGUCAAUCCCAAGUACAGAAGCCUGCCAGGUUGCGGCAUACCUGUCUUCCCCUGCACAGCCAGCUGGAUGACACCAUUGCAGUGGUUGUACACGAUGAUUCUGUUGCCCUAUGAAAUACUUUGGAUGAUUCAUUCGUGGUUCACGCGAAUGCUUCCGGACUGUUGCACCCCCGGACUCUUGCCAGUUAUAGGCGCCGCGGUCAAGCCCGUGGGAACAUGGUUUCUGUGCGUGGGACCAAUUUUCAUCUUUCCAUUUUGGCUCUUGCUCGUCGCGAUGAGCCUGGGGCUUUGGAGUUAUGCCCGUAGCAAGCUGAUUUGGUGGUGGGGGAUGAGUUGGCCAUUUUGGGCCAUGAUUCUACUGCAGUUCUGGGCUGUGUUCGUGUGCAUUUUGUUUGCAAUCAUCUACCUAGUGUACGUGAUUUUGACAGGAGGGGUGCAACCGAUACACUCAACCAAGAAGAACGCAAAAGAUUUACAGGUGGAACAGCAAGCCCUCUGGAAUCUACAGCCUCAGGCGGUCCAAGAGGAUUUUUUCCUACCAGUUGGACAGAGUGGAGUUGAGACCCAGCAGGGCGAGGCACAUGCUUUGGAAGCGCAGCUAUCUGUUGCAGAAGACGCACAUGCACUAGAAGAACAGCAGAUUGUCCCAGACUUGACGACGCUUACAGCAGGUUUGAAGUGUCAGAUUGUGUCCGCGGCACUUGCUAUCCAGGCCAAUUACGCUGUCUUGCAGCUUUUUGUCAUUGUCUUCUGCCGACUUCUUCUACACAGUGAUUCUGAGAAGAAUGCGGUCAAUGCCUACAAGACCACGAUAUCAGAGCGUCACAUUGCAACCUACAUGGACUACCUCAACAGCUUGGUCACACAGGCCGAUGCUGCUGUUGGGUUCAGCGCCCUUGUGCGCCUCUGGUGCCGCCAAGCAUAUGCUGCCUGGAACGUCCUUUGAAGCUUCGGCGCAGUUUCCAUCAGGUCUCCGGAACAGGUUGAUGAGCAGCUUCAGGUGCCCAAGUUUUUCCAUGAACAGAAGACGUUCAUUUUUUGGGCAUGCCGUUGUGUGAAGCAUCCCCCGUGUCGUCCCGCAAUUGCUGGGCGGACAAAUGGGAACUUCACAGUAUGGUGAACGGCAGACACUUUUUUUAAGGCUUGCAUGCAACCAUUAUGGAAGGCCCACAAGAGGCUUGCCAUUUGCACGCAUCAGUUUUCCUUGCAGUAGACGACCUUACUUCUGCAGUUUAGUUGGUAACUUCCUAUGGCCUUGAUGGCUGAUGGAGAAAA